AUGCGGCUUGUAGACUCUUCAAAACUUUUGGAACUUCAAAACAAACCCACUAACAUUCGAAAUAUCUGCAUCGUGGCCCACGUGGAUCAUGGAAAGACUACUUUGGCAGAUUCCUUGAUAUCUAGUAAUGGUAUUAUAUCGCAAAGAAUGUCGGGGAAGCUGCGUUACCUUGACAGCAGGCCUGAUGAACAAGAGAGAGGAAUAACUAUGAAAAGCAGUAGUAUAUCCUUGUAUCACUCUGUAGAUCAGCAGGAGUACUUGGUAAACUUGAUAGACUCUCCGGGGCACAUUGAUUUUUCGAGUGAAGUCUCAACAGCUGUGAGGCUUUGUGAUGGAGCAAUUGUUGUGGUGGAUGUGGUUGAAGGAGUAUGUCCACAAACCAGAUUGGUUUUGAAACAAGCAUAUUCAGAGAAUAUCAAAGCUGUACUAGUUCUUAACAAAAUUGACCGACUUAUAUUAGAAAUGCAAUUGACACCACUUGAUGCAUAUGUACAUUUAACACAAGUCUUGGAACAAGUUAAUGCUGUGAUGGGAGAACUUUUUGCCACUGAAAUUUUAGAAAAUGAGGAAAUUACUCUUGAUAAGCAGGAAAAGAAAGAUUUGAAAAAAGAAGAUAAUAACUUCUAUGACUGGACUUCUGCUCUAGAAGAUUCUGAUGAUUCCAACUUAUAUUUUUCCCCUGAACAAGGCAAUGUCGUCUUUGCGAGUGCUGCGGAUGGCUGGGGUUUUACUAUUCACACCUUUGCUAAGUUGUUCUCAGACAAACUUGGAGUAAAAGAUGAAAUCCUCCGAAAAGUGCUUUGGGGUGACUUCUACCUCAACACAAAAACAAAGCGUUUCAUGAAAGGUGCACAAGAAAAGGCAAAGAAACCUCUUUUUGUUCAAGUGAUACUAGACAACCUUUGGAAUGUUUAUGAAACUAUAGCUAUGAGAAAUGAGAAAGAAAAGGUACCAGUCAUAUGUGAGAAACUUGGUAUUAAACUAACAACUAGAGAUCUAAGACACACUGAUGCCAGAAUCCAACUACAGUCACUUAUGGUACAAUGGCUUCCAUUAUCUAACACAGUACUAAAUAUGGUAUGCAGAAAGCUGCCUUCACCUAAAGAAAUUCUACCCGAAAAGGUCGAAAAACUAAUGUGCUCAAGAAUAAGAGAUUUUGAUUCUUUUGGUCUUGAAACUCAGAAACUAAAAGAAGACUUUUUAGCCUGUGAUAGUAGUAAUGAUAGACCUGUUAUUGUUUUUGUAUCGAAAAUGUUUAAUGUUGAUAAGAGUAUGUUAUCUGAAAACAAACCUAAGACUUUAACUCCAGAAGAAAUGGCUAUAAGGAGAGAAAGAGUGAGACAAUUGCGUGAGGAGAGGAAACAGAACAAUGAAAAUGUGAAAGAUGCUAAUACAGAAGAAAAGAAAAUUGUUGAAGAAAAAGAAAUUAUUGAAGAAGAAGAAGACAAAGAUCAACCUAUUUUUAUUGCUUUUGCAAGAAUAUUUAGCGGUAGACUUAGGAAAGGUGAUAAGGUUUAUGUUUUAGGUCCCAAACAUGAUCCGUCCAAGAUACUUAAUAUGAAUUACCAGUUCGACCCUGAUAAGAAGCUGAAAGAUUUAAUGAGUGAUGAACAUAUAACUUGUACAGAAAUAAAGUCGUUAUAUAUUUUGAUGGGAAGAGAAAUGGAAGCUAUUGACGAAGCUGUAGCUGGCAAUAUUAUAGGUAUUGGCGGCCUAGAAGACCAUGUCCUAAGAACGGCUACAUUGAGCAGCACGAUUGCUUGUCCAGCAUUUAGUGAAAUGCAAUAUUCUGUAGUGCCUAUACUAAGAGUUGCAUUGGAGCCUACUUAUCCUUCACAAUUGCCGCAGUUAGUUAAAGGAUUGAAAUUGCUAAAUCAAGCGGAUUCUUGCGUGCAAGUAUUGCUGCAAGAGACCGGAGAACAUGUACUAGUCACGGCUGGAGAAAUUCACUUAGAGCGAUGUCUUGAGGACCUCAAGAAUAACUACGCAAAAAUUCCAAUAACGGUUUCAGAACCUAUAGUACCCUUCAGAGAAACCAUUGUAGAACCACCUAAGAUUGAUAUGGCUAAUGAAGAAAUAGAUGCACAAAACGUUAUAGACAAAGAAAUUAGUAAAGACAUAGAUCCAGUCAUAAUCGUCUAUACAAAUAACAAACAAAGCAGAAUAAAAAUUAGAGCAAAACCAAUACCUAGUGAAAUAACAAACUUAUUAGAUAAAUCAAGUGAUUUACUUAAAGCAAUUUCACAACAUAUUAAAACUCUACAAGGUCUAACUAAAAAUAAUAUAGAAACUAAAUUUAGAGAACUCCAAAUUAAUGGUACAAAACAUACACUGUCGGACCGUAUGCUAAAACUUAUACAAGCAUUCAAAGAUGAACUUACAAGCAUUUGCUCUAAAUUAAGCCCAGAAUGGAAAGAUAUUGUCGAUCAAAUUUGGUCCGUAGGCCCCAGAAAUUGUGGUCCGAAUUUGCUUCUUAACCAAACCAAUGAUUAUUUCACCAAGUAUUUACAUCAUGAAAAAGAACUAAAGGAAGAUCCUAGGUUCGAAUAUGAGAGUAGUUUUGUAAAUGGCUUCCAAUUGGCGUCGUUAGCCGGGCCGCUUUGUGAUGAGCCAAUGAUGGGAGUUGCGUUCUGUGUUGAAGAGUGGAAGUUAGAGAAAGAAAGUGGAGAAGAUGUUUCAUAUACAUUUGGACCACUUUCAGGCCAAAUAAUGUCGGCUGUAAAGGACGGCUGUAGAAAAGCGUUUCAAGCUCAACCCCAACGUUUAAUGGCUGCCAUGUAUUCCUGCGACAUUAGUGUCGACCAGAAAGUAUUAGAACAGAUGCGUCUGAACCCAAUCAGUGAUUUACGGCACGGUGUUACGCAUAGUUCAGGAAUCCCAGAAGUAGAUUCGUGA